ACAAAGGAGAACGACAGCGAGUCGUGCUCCCCACGAAGCCUUAGCAGGCAGCUGACUGGGUGUCUCGGAAAAGGCUUCAUAAACUUGCCCAAGCCUUAUGAUAUUAGUGACAAAGAGGAGAUUAAUCUCAGCCUGGCUGACAGCCCAAGAUCAAUACUGAGAAACCAAGCUACACCCUCAGCUUCAUGUUUCCCUGAGCCAGCAGAGCCAGAAAUAAACGCUGCGGAGGCUGAGCCCUGCGAGACGCUCGCUCUGGGCUCUGAAGACCAGGGUUGGAGGAGCAGAUGCUUGGCUGCAGUCCUGUGUCACCUUGGGGAUGUGCCACAGCUGCGGCCUCGGGGCGUGCUGGAGGUGGGAGCUGAGACACAUCUUGGUGUUUUGGUCCUGAAUUUUCAUCAGCAUUCAUGAAAGCUUGACUUAAAGUCUCAGCAAGAGCUGAGCCCCAGUGUGGAUCAAGUGCAACUCCAGAAUGCACUGGGACUGGUAUUCAAAAUCAGGUCCACAUGGUUUUAGCCAGAUGUGAAACCACCACAGGCCUUGGUAAAUUUUGGGGUUAACCCUAAGCUCCAGCAGGUCCCAAAAUAGGCUUUGAUUCUCAUGGACAUCACAGGGUUGCACAUAUGCAGCUCCCCAAAGUCCCAGGUGCCUGGAGGGAGCAUGGCUGGCACAGAGCAGGACACUGCAGACCCCCAGGAGGGCUUGAGCUUGGCUGGGUCAUGGGCUCUCACACAGGUCUGGCUCUCACGUGGCUUCUGUUCUCUCCCCACAGGUGAGAGCCUGAGCCCAAGCUGUGGGGCAGCCAAGAGGAAGAAGAAGCAGAGGAGGAACCGCACCACCUUCAACAGCAGCCAGCUGCAGGCUCUGGAGAGGGUCUUUGAGAGGACGCACUACCCCGACGCCUUUGUGCGGGAGGAGCUGGCCAGAAGGGUCAACCUCAGCGAGGCCAGAGUCCAGGUGUGGUUUCAGAACCGGAGGGCCAAGUUCCGCCGUAAUGAGAGGGCGAUGCUGGCCAACAGAUCGGCAUCACUGCUCAAAUCCUACAGCCAAGAAGCAGCCAUUGAGCAGCCCAUGGCACCACGACCCACCGCACUGACCCCGGAGUAUCUGUCCUGGACCAGCACCUCCCCGUACAGCACUGUGCCCUCCUACAGCUCCAGCGGGACCGCAACGCCCACCCAAGGGGUGAACAUGGCCAACAGCAUCGCCAGCCUGCGCCUCAAAGCCAAAGAGUUCAGCCUCCAUCAGAACCAGGUGCCGACCGUGAACUGAGCAGGGCAAGCCCCAUCCCAUGGCCUCCUCCAGGAUACAGCGUGGAGCUCCUGUGCCACUCCAGCACAAAUCGCUGCCUGCCCAGCGCACAUGCCACUCAUCCAAUGUCUCAGCAUCUUCUCUCCUCUUCCCUUCCCUUCUGAAGGUAGAGUCAGUCCCAGGCUGAAGUGGCACAUAAUUAUAGCCACAUAUGGAGCGAACUCGGUUAGAAACUUGCUUUUCCGCACACCCUUAUAAUAACGUCUAUAUAUACACACAUACCCCCCACACGCUCUUUGAGGACAAACAGACUUGCCAAGGGAACAAGAAUUUGCUUCCAAACAUGGAAGGAUCUUGGACUAUUGGAUUUGACCAAUUUGGGUAUCUUGCCCAGAGAGCCAAAGAGUUAUUGGGUCUUCUCCUCCCGCAGGGACAGUGUGGGAGGAUCACGAGCCCCCCUUUCCACCAGGCUGUGACUUGCGGCGCUCAACUGUGUGUGCCAAAGCUGAUCCAUGCGUUCGUUUCUUUGUGCAACCCCAGCCACAGUGUGGGGCUUGGGACUUCCCAAAGUUUGGGACUUUGGGAAGCUGAUGGCUCACCCAUGCCACGGCCAGUUUCGGCCAGCCCUCCGCACUGCCUGCAUUUAGGAGCUGCCUGUGCUGAUGGCAUCAGGCUUUGUCCCUUCCCAGAGGGGCGAGCAGAGCUGCAGCAUCUCAACAGACCCUGCUGGAGCCUGCGAGCUCUCCUAUGAGCUGGGGAUGCAUCGCCAGUCUCCAAGCAGGCACCGCUGCCCUGCCUCGGCGGAUUUGCCAGCGAUUCUGCAGAGCCCCAGGUCAUUGAACAGUCCCAGGGAAUGAGAAAAUUGGAAAAAGCUGUUGGGUUUCAGCUGAGUAGGCGGCUCCCAGCGCUUCGUGCCAACGAAGGCUUUGCCUUCCGGAGGCACAGCCUCCCCGUCGGCAGCUCCGCAGAUGUGCUCGGGGGUCUGGGGCCGGCAGCUCCAUGGGGGGAGGCUUUUUUGGUUUUGCAGAAAGGAAAUGGUUUCCCCCUCAUCCCACCCUGCUGCGCAGCCUAAUGAGGUUCCAAGGUGGGAUGUGCAGGGGGAUGGACACGGGGUGGGCAACCUGGCACUAAUCCACGGGACUGAGCUGCAGAGAGGCGCAGCCUCCACGUUCCCCUGCCAGUUGCACAGCCAGAGUGGUGGAGGUGUGGUGUUCCUGUGGACAAAGCCCCCAGAUCACCAUUUCCUCACCCACUGGUAAGAGCCACCAGACAAACAUGGGGACACCAGCAGCUCAGAGGGGUGGCCUGGACAGAGAAGACACCAGCCCUGCUUCCCUAGAAAGGGUUGCUUUCGGGGCUGCAGCAAUAGAUCUGAGGACAAAUAGAACAGUUGCUGAGGUGCCUCCUCCAGGUAAACAUCCUCUGGUUGGUGACACCGAGGCUGAAAGUGCCACACUACAGAGUGCCCACCUGAGUCCCCACAGCCCCCAGGAGCAUCCUCUCCCAUUCCUACUGGGGCUCUCACUGCAGCUGCAUGUGGGACCCAGUGGCUGUGACACCAGGCAAUGCCAGCAUGGGGGGACUUGCCCAGCACCCAGAGAACCAUCUCCUCUGCCUGGGGGUGAAGCAGCCCUUCCAUCCUGCCUCCAGCCCCUGCCUUCUUUGCUCUACAGUGCAGCCCCCAGUUGGGAACAGCUACCUUCUCCUCCUCAAGCUUGGCAGGCGGGGGAGGGCACAGCCUGACUGACACUGUCCACCUCAUCCAGGGAGCAGUG